AUGGCAUGUCCGGAGAGGCAAAAGGUUGCUUUUGGUACAUAUACUCUAGUGGAAGAGGCUGAGUAUUGGUGGGAGAAUACUCGCCAAUGCCUAGAGGCUGAAGGUCAAGAUGUGACCUGGGAUGUCUUCAAGAGAGUAUUUUUGGAGAAAUACUUUCCCGAGGAUGUUAGGAACAAGAAGGAGAUGGAGUUCUUGGAGCUUAAGAAAGGAAGUAUGAUUGUGGUUGAAUAUGCGGCCAAGUUUGAGGAGCUGGUGAGGUACUUUCCCCAUUAUCAAGGGAGAGAUGGUGAGAGUUCCAAGUGUGUAAAGUUUCUGAAUGGCUUACGACCUGAAGUGAAGCAAGAUGUGAAUUACCAUGGUGUUCGUCAGUUCCCACUUUUGGUUAAUAUGUGUCGGAUUUGGGAUGAAGACUCCCGAGACAGGGCGGCCUAUUAUAGGAGUACAGGUCCAAUGAGGAACAAAAAGAGUGGGCCUCAACAUCGAGGAAAACCAUAUUCGACUCCUUCUAAGCAAUAUGGUAACCGCCAUGACAAUCAGAGGACUGUUGCUAGGGGAUUUGCAAGUGGUUGUGGUAGCAAACCCAAUACUUUCUCCACUCAUAUCAUUUGUUACAGGUGUGGUAAGCCAGGGCACAUCUCCUCGAAUUGUCCCGAUAUAGGCGCAAUAUGUUUUAAUUGUGGACAAAAGGGAUACACUCAAAGAGAUUGUUCACGACCCAAGAAAAGAGCAAAAUGGUGGAGGCCCGAAUGA